AUUAUUUAUUAAUUAUUAUUUGAUGAGACCUAUUCCAUGGUUUGUGAGAUUGGGCAUAGAUGUGAGCAUAUUUACAGUGCCAAUCUUAUUUUUAGCAAGUAAAUUAAAAUUUAAAACAUCCAGAUUAUCCAAGAUUGGGCACACAUUUUCUAAAUAACAGAAGAAGGAAGUAUAGAAGAAGAAGUAUAUCUUAAAUUUGAUAGAUUAGAUUUUGAUGAAAUAUAAUACAGAAAUGAUAGUAUUUUAUCAAGCGAAGAUGUAAUCAGCUUUAGAUAGAAACUUGGAUUUUAAGACCUGAUUUGAAAAGAU